AUGAAUUUACCAAAAGCUUCGUUUUUCGAUGAUCCAAAAUCAAAUUUAUGGAUGAAAGAAGUGAUUUAAGCAUCAGAUCCAAUAAUUAGUGGAAUGCUGAUGAAGAAUUCGAAAUUGGGAAUUUAAAAGGAGAACAACUACUUUAUUUAGGAUGGAAAAUUGGCAUGUUCGAAGAAAUAUAUAGAUCUACAAAAUAUCACCCUGGAGAAGAUUAAAAAUACAGGUUUUAAAUUGACAAAGAAUCGAAAAUCAGUUGAGUUGUUCACUCAUAAUGAAUAAGCUUAGGGAAUGUGGUAUGAUUCCUUGAAAUCAUUAUGCGUUUAGAAGGGGUUCAACAAUGUCUACACUAUAAAUAAAUUAAUUGGGAAGGGGAAUUUCGCAAAGGUGUACAGUGCAUCCAAAAAGAGUGAUCACUCGAUGUAUGCUGUAAAGGCCUUUGACAAGCUCAAAUUUUAAGAUAUCAGAGUUGAUAAGCCAGCUCUCAUUAAGGAAUUAUCAAUAAUGAGGAAAAUGGACUUUGUGGGUGUAAUAAAAUUAUAUGAAGUGUUCGAAAACGACAAUUAUAUAUUUUUGGUAUGUGAAUUGCUAGAAGGGGGAGAGUUGUUUAACCAAAUGAAGGGCAAGGUGUACGACGAGAAGACAGUUGCCCACAUAAUGUUUAGAAUACUGCAGUCAAUAGAUUAUAUCCACUCCUUGGGAGUGCUGCAUCGAGAUAUAAAGCCAGAGAACUUGAUAUUAAGAUCCAAAAAGGAUAUAGCCGAUUUGGUCAUAGCAGAUUUUGGACUGGCUGACUUUUACAAUCCUGAAGGUGAUUACAUGUUUAAGCGAUGUGGAACUCCUGGCUAUGUUGCUCCAGAGUUACUUCAAGAUGAAAUAUACGAUUUCAAAAUUGACAUUUUUAGUGCUGGAGUGCUGAUGUUCAUUAUGUUGACUGGUCAAUCUCCAUUCAAAGCUAAGUCAUAUGAUGAGAUCGUGAUGAAAAACUACCAUUGUUAGAUAGAAUUCAAUUUGAUCAAUAAUCAGCCUCUCAGUGAAGAAGCAGUGCAUCUAUUAAAGUCAUUACUCGAAAAGAAUCCAGAUUUGAGAAUCAGUUCUGAAUUAGCUCUUCAAUAUCCAUGGUUUUAGAAAUAAGCUGAUCAUAAAUUAAUAUUGGCUGACACCUACCCAAGGUACAAAAAGAAUUCUUAAUUGUAUGCCAAAACACCCUUAAUGGGACAGGAGCUCAAUUAAUCCAUUUAUUCCCCAUUGUGUAUAACCCCUUAGAUGAGGAGCAAAUCCAACACAGCAGACAUACAAAGGGAAGAAUAGAAUUCGUCUACAUCAAGAUAGUAGAGUUAAUCAUUGAAAGUUUAAAAGCAGGAAUGCAUCUUAGAAGAGAACGAUUACAAUGUUAAUGAAGAGGAUGACAUACCUCACAGCAAUCAAAUUAAAAUGUAUCAAAUCCAACCAAAAUUGAAAAAGAAUCAAGAGGAGCAAUAAUAAAAAAACAUGAAGGGGUAACUCUAAUAGAAAGUUUGA